GCCGGGCCCGCACCCGGAGCGGCGGGAGGGGCGGGGAGCCGCUGCCGCGCCGGGCACCUCCCACCCCGCCCUCGGCGCCCCCGCCCCUCCAGGAACUGGAGGAGGCGAGGGGAGCCCGCCGCAGAGGCCGAGCAAGCCCCCCGCCCAGCCUGGCGACUGGGGACCCCCGGCACUUGAAGUGAACGCCCCCUGGGAGGACUUGGGUGCCGAACCUGGAGCGAAGGAUUCAUGGGUCUGUCUUGAAUCAGAGUACCAGCCUUGGGGACCCUGGACCACCAUCAUGGAGACUGAAAGUGAGCAGAACUCCAAUUCCACCAAUGGGAGUUCCAGCUCAGGGGGCAGCUCUCGCCCCCAGAUAGCUCAGAUGUCACUAUAUGAACGUCAAGCAGUGCAGGCUCUGCAAGCACUACAGAGACAGCCCAAUGCAGCUCAGUAUUUUCACCAGUUCAUGCUCCAGCAGCAGCUCAGCAAUGCCCAACUGCAUAGUUUGGCUGCAGUCCAGCAGGCCACCAUUGCUGCUAGUCGGCAGGCCAGCUCUCCAAAUACCAGCACUACACAGCAGCAGUCUACCACUACCCAGGCCUCCAUUAAUCUGGCCACCACCUCACCUGCCCAGCUCAUCAGCCGUUCCCAGAGUGUGAGCUCUCCUAGUGCUACCACCUUGACCCAAUCUGUGCUACUGGGAAACACCACCUCCCCACCCCUCAACCAGUCCCAGGCCCAGAUGUAUCUACGGCCACAGCUGGGAAACCUGUUGCAGGUAAACCGGACCCUGGGCCGGAAUGUGCCUCUAGCCUCCCAACUCAUCCUGAUGCCUAAUGGGGCAGUGGCUGCAGUCCAGCAGGAGGUGCCAUCCUCACAGUCUCCUGGAGUUCAUGCCGAUGCAGAUCAGGUGCAGAACUUGGCAGUGAGGAACCAACAGGCCUCAGCCCAAGGACCCCAAAUGCAAGGCUCAACUCAGAAGGCCAUUCCUCCUGGAACCUCCCCUACCUCUAGCCUUUCCCAGGCCUCUAGCCAGGCCCUUGCUGUGGCUCAGGCUUCCUCUGGGGCCACAGGACAGUCCCUCAAUCUUAGCCAAGCUGGUGGAGGCAGUGGAAAUAGCAUCCCCGGGUCCAUGGGUCCAGGAGGUGGUGGCCAGGCACCUGGGGGCUUGGGUCAGUUGCCUUCCUCAGGAAUGGGUGGUGGUGGGAGCUGUCCCAGGAAAGGCACAGGAGUGGUACAGCCCUUGCCUGCAGCCCAAACAGUGACUGUGAGCCAGGGUAGCCAGACAGAGGCAGAAAGUGCAGCAGCCAAGAAGGCAGAAGCAGAGGGGAGUGGUCAGCAGAACGUGGGCAUGAACCUGACACGGACAGCAACACCUGCUCCCAGCCAGACCCUGAUUAGCUCAGCCACCUACACACAGAUACAGCCCCAUUCACUGAUUCAGCAACAACAACAGAUCCACCUACAGCAGAAACAGGUGGUGAUCCAGCAGCAGAUUGCCAUCCACCAUCAGCAACAGUUCCAGCACCGUCAAUCGCAACUACUCCACACAGCCACCCACCUCCAGUUGGCCCAGCAGCAGCAGCAGCAGCAACAGCAGCAGCAACAACAGCAGCAGCAGCAGCAGCAGCAGCAGCAGCAGCAGCAGCAGCAAGCCACAACCCUCACUGCCCCUCAGCCACCACAGGUCCCACCUACUCAGCAGGUCCCACCUUCCCAGUCGCAGCAGCAAGCUCAAACCCUGGUUGUUCAACCCAUGCUUCAGUCUUCACCCCUCUCUCUCCCACCUGACCCAACCCCUAAGCCACCCAUCCCAAUCCCCAUCCAAUCCAAACCAUCUGUAGCACCUAUCAAGCCUCCUCAGUUAGGGGCUGCUAAGAUGUCCGCUACCCAACAACCACCACCUCACAUCCCUGUGCAAGUUGUAGGCACCCGACAGCCAGGUACAGCCCAGGCACAAGCUUUGGGGUUAGCACAGCUGGCAGCUGCUGUGCCUGCUUCCCGCGGGAUGCCAGGUGCAGUGCAGUCAGCUGGUCAGGCCCAUUUGGCUGCCUCGCCACCUUCAUCUCAGGCUCCUGGUGCACUGCAGGAGUGCCCUCCCACAUUGGCCCCUGGGAUGACCCUUGCCCCUGUUCAGGGGACAGCACAUGUUGUAAAGGGUGGGACAACAACCUCCUCACCUGUUGUAGCCCAGGUUCCUGCUGCCUUCUACAUGCAGUCUGUGCACCUGCCGGGCAAACCCCAGACAUUGGCUGUCAAACGCAAGGCUGAGUCUGAAGAAGAGAGAGAAGAUGUCUCCACAUUGGGAUCAAUGCUUCCUGCCAAGGCAUCUCCAGUAGCAGAGAGCCCAAAGGCCAUGGAGGAGAAGAGCAGUCUUGGAGAGAAAGCUGAACCAGUGAUUGGUGUGAAUGCUAAUACUCCAAGCAGUGAACUAGUAACUCUGACCCCUGCCCCAUCAGCACCACCUACGCUGGCCAUGGUGACUAGACAAAUGGGUGACUCCAAACCUCCACAGGCUAUUGUGAAGCCUCAGAUUCUCACUCACAUUAUUGAAGGCUUUGUUAUCCAGGAAGGAGCCGAACCUUUCCCGGUUGGUUGUUCUCAGUUACUGAAAGAGUCUGAAAAGCCACUCCAGACGGGUCUCCCAUCAGGGCUGAAUGAGAAUCAAUCAUGUGACCCCUUGGGAGGGGACAGUCCAUCUGCGGAACUAGAUAAGAAGGCAAAUCUCCUGAAGUGCGAGUACUGUGGGAAGUACGCCCCUGCGGAGCAAUUUCGAGGCUCUAAGAGGUUCUGCUCCGUGACGUGCGCUAAGAGGUACAAUGUGAGCUGUAGCCACCAGUUCCGACUGAAGAGGAAAAAAAUGAAAGAGUUUCAAGAAGCCAACUAUGCUCGUGUUCGCCGGCGGGGGCCCCGCCGCAGCUCCUCUGACAUCGCUCGUGCCAAGAUCCAGGGCAAGCGCCACCAGGGUCAAGAGGACUCUAGUCGGGGUUCAGAUAAUUCCAGUUAUGAUGAAGCACUCUCUCCAACAUCUCCUGGCCCUUUAUCAGUGAGAGCUGGGCAUGGAGAACGUGACCUGGGGAACCCCAAUACAGCUCCACCAACACCAGAAUUACAUGGCAUCAACCCUGUGUUCCUGUCCAGUAACCCAAGCCGUUGGAGUGUAGAGGAGGUUUACGAAUUUAUUGCUUCACUACAAGGCUGCCAAGAGAUUGCAGAGGAGUUUCGUUCCCAGGAGAUUGAUGGACAGGCCCUUUUAUUACUUAAAGAAGAACAUCUUAUGAGUGCCAUGAACAUCAAGCUUGGUCCUGCCCUCAAGAUCUGCGCCAAGAUAAAUGUCCUCAAGGAGACCUAA